AUGCACGUCCACGUCGCUGUCGUCGCUCUGUGCGUGGCCAUCGCUGCCACGACCGCCAUCGAAACCACGGACCGACCAUUCGGGACGCUCCUUCGCUGCCCUCCCGCUCGCUCUGUGGCCUCGCCGUGUCUCUGGGCCGGCGAGAACGGUCAACUUGUCGACCCGCGGACGCUGCGGGACCAGUUUCUAACGCGUUACGGCGUUCACGCCACCAGUGCAAAAGAGUUCAGUCGCCGUAAUUUAGAGCACCAUAUGACGUACCUCGAAGACGUGACGAUGCAGGCCAAUCAGGCUGGACUCGAGUGGUCCUAUGACAUGGGCGUGCACGAGCGGCACUUGGUGCUGACGCCACGCCGCGACUUGACGCCCGAGCAGUUUGUCCAGCAGGAAGUGCAGGCUGUGGCCGUGUCUCGCCGUCUCCAGGUUGCGACCAAUAGCUCGGGUCUUCCGGUGCCGCCUCCCAGUAGCUCCAACGCUUUGGGGGCCGGCAGCUCGUCGUACUGGAACUGGUGUGACUCUUCGAACUCACAGGGGCACUCGGUGUGCUCACCGGUGAAGAGCCAAAAGACCUGUGGAAGCUGCUGGUCGUUCGUGGCGGCGGAUGCCAUUGAAACCGCGGUCGUGAUUGCAGAAAACACGUCUGCAGCCGUGUCGUUGUCGCCGCAGCAGUUUCUCAUGUGCAGUACGCUGCAAACCACGCAGACGUUUGACUACUGCUGGGCCUCGGACAAUGGCGUGCCUGGUGCCAGUUGGAUGCAGACGCAGAUCAAGUGGGAGUCGCAAAACGACGGAUGCAAUGGCGGGAUGACGCACGCGGCGUUUAUGGACGCGGCUCAGCGCGGCUGGGGACUCGUGACAGAGCUGACGAUGCCGUACGAUGACUCGAAUCCCGGGAGCUUCUUGGCAUCCAAUAUGUCGUCGGCGUGUAAUGUCCCUGCAGAAGAAGCAGCGGCGAGUAUCACUGGCUGGGAACAGAUCGUGGGCAUUGACUGCUCGGUGUCCAGUAAUUGCACGUUGCUGCUUCGAGCGGCAGUGGAGAGACAACCCAUUGCGGUCGCCAUCACUUCAAACGGCGGAUUCGGAGAGUACAGUGGCGGGUUCUACACGUGUCCAAACAACGGUGAGAUGGCGUCGAAAAACGACCUGAACCACGCACUGCUUCUUGUUGGCUACGGCACCGAUAGCACGUACGGUGAUUACUGGAUCCUCAAGAACUCGUACGGCAGCUCGUGGGGUGACAAUGGGUUCAUGAAGCUUGUGGCAGAUGCGAAGAUCAAUUGCGGUUUGAAUGUCUUCCCUGUUAUUCCGACGGGUGCCAGGGCAGGCGCUCAGGCAAGCACUGUGAUUGAUAGCGGUGGAGACAAGAUCUUUGUAGGGUUGAGUGAGUCAGCGUGGAUCGCUGUCGCCGCUGCGGCUACCGCUUUCACACUGAUCACGACAGCGAUUGGCGUGGGAGUGUCGAACCGGAAAUUGAAACUUCUCCGCCAGCAACACUCGGCCAUGUACACAGCAGUCUGCACGCCUACGAACGGCGGCUAG